CAGGUGACAGUUCUGGUUCGGCUGGAGAACAACAACCGGGUUCAAAUCGCCGGCCUUGUUAAAGGAAUAAAAUACAGAUAUGUGCGACUUCUGUGUUUUUGUAUGAAAUGUCUUAUUCGUGCUCGACUCAUUCGCAAAAGUCAUUUUCAUUUAUACGCAGAGUGAAACUAAGGACGACUGUUACCAGGCAACAGCUGUCAUGGAAACGUCUGAAAACAGCGUCCGCCAGUCGUGUCCAGCUUUGUCCUCAUUAGCUUCUUGUUUUGUUUGUUUGUUUGUUUGUUUGUUUUGAGUUAUUAGCCGGCCAGCAUGUCGAGUACUAUCUUCCCGCCAGAGAGCAUAUAUAAUCUUAUCCCAAAAGAAGAGGAGCGGAGUGUGGUGGCGCCGAGGUACAUGUCAAAGUUUAGAGAACAGGUAAAGCAGGAGAAAAAACUGACCAAGUCCUGCAACAAGACUAUGGGACCACCAAAAGUAGACGUGCCUUCUCCAGAGAAAUACUUGCUAAAGCACUCCAAGGAGAAGAAACUUCCGGAGAAGAAGGCCUUCUCAUACGGAGAUGCCAGUCAGCCUCGGAAGCCGCGUGUUCCGACUCAAACUGAAGCCCCGCUUAUGGGCAUCCACACCAAGAAGAGCUUUGUGAAGACCAAUGCAAUUGGCAACAUCAUGGCCGUGCCAUGCAAGCCACAGCCUGCUUAUGCAGACACCGCACACGGAGACAGGCAUCUGCUGGAGGACUCAGGCCUGGUCCCCAAGUACAUCAGAAAAAAGGACUAUGGUCGAACCCCAGAGUACCUGGAGCAGCGUCGGGAGGAGGUGAGGAGAGCUCAGGAGCAGUACGAUAACUACGUGAAGGAGCGCCUUAAGGACGGAGCUAUGAAGCAGCUCUCCAAAGACGAGCACCAGAGCAUCUUGCAUGGACUAAAGAAGAACUGGGGUGAGUUAAACCAACAGUACCAGGGGCUUUCUGUCGUCACGGACACAGUCUCGAAGAAGCAGAAGAAGGCAUGGCUAGAGUCCGAGAUGAAACAGCUGGAGAAGGACAUUGACCUGAUGGAACGCUACCAGACCAUCUACAUCGCCAACACCUGAGCGCUCCUCAUACACCUGAGCUACAGCAGCAUGUGCGAACAUCCACCCUAACUGCCUCCACCUUGGCUCUGGUCUGUGCUCCAGAAAUAAACUGCAGUGUUAACGCAAUGAUUGUUACUUAUGUGAAAGACAUCAUAAUGAAAUUGUAGGACAUUUAUUGCCCUUAUAGAAAUAAACAGAAUUAAUUAUUGGUAAGAAUAUUUGCUGGUGGCAGAAUCUUUUGGGGGUUUUUGUUUUUCAUUCAGAAUCUUUAUUCUUUUUUACUUUAGUAACAACCCCUCCCUUUUAAAUCUACAACAAAUAAGACAUUCAGGCCAGACCAAGCAAUAAAAUUGCAGAUGUUGUGAACAGUGUAGUAUGUGUAUGUGCUUAAUAAAAUGCUACUUGCUGGA